AUGUCGGCAGGAUACCGAUCAGGAAACAUGCCUGGCGAAGUAUUGUUCCAGUGGUUUUCGUGUUGUGUAAACCAACGUACCCAACAGGUAAUUAUAAUAAAAGCAUAAUUACUGUGUAUAUACUAUUAUAUUUUAUGUGUAUCAUUGUUUUAGUGAAUACCUAUUGCAUGCCCAUUACCCAUCUCUCAAAGCUCUGUAAUCAGUUAUACUAACCCCUCUUCAUAACUUUUGAACUUUGCCAAUUACUCCUUCUCCUUUCUCCUCUUUAGUGAGAGAAUUUCCAAAAAAAAAUAAUUUUUUCUUACAAAAUCGACUAUAAUUCAAUCAUUUUUUAUUUAUUUUCUUGUGGAUAGUUUCCAAGAGACACACAUUCAGUAAUACUAAUAAUCAAAACUUUACUCUUCUAAAUGUCCAAUGAAUAUUGCUGUGUGUGUCCAUUUGGACCACAGAAUACCUCCUUAAAAAAUACGCCGGUGUUGAAAAAAGAUGCUUAUCUAAAAUCGUUAUUGAUGUAAUAUAAUAUUACCUAAUGUACAUUUAAUCCACAUAUAGUAAAAAUUAAUAAUAUACUGUUGCUCUAUCGUGCAUUUCUUCACGUAUACUUUAUAUGAGCACAUUCGAAUCACUGCCUCCCAUAUUAGUUAGUUAUAAUUUUCUGUACCAAAAUAUAAAUUAAUAAUUGUGAUAUGGACGAAAAUCUGAUGAAGGAGAAAAUUAAAUAAAAAGCAUAGUUAAAAAAAAAAAAAAUUAAAUAAAUAAAUAUUAAUAUAGUAUAAUAUCACUAAACUACUAUAUCCAACCAAAUUGACUCCCCUACCAUGUUGAAAUUAAUUUCUGUGUAACUCCACAUCAUACUCGUUUUUCUGUUCUCUUUCAUAUCCUUCAUAUACAUAUCUAACAGUUUCUUUCUAAAUCAUUGUUUUGAAUCAUUAUACAAUUAUGUGACUAUUGUGUAAUUUACUGUACUUUUCAAUUGUAUUACGGAAAAACGGGAAAAUGUACGAAAACGAUGCUUUUAUUAUUUUUAAUCUUGUUUUUGUUGUAAUUCAGUUCAAAAUGUUUGAAGGCUUAAAAUUUGGAUAAAAACGUUAAAUUUGCCUUUUCUAGACGUGGUAAAAUUGUUAAAUUAUUUAUACAGACAUUUUAAUUUUGUGAGUUUUUAACGUAAUUUUUAUUCAGUAGAUACUCUAGUAUCUACCGAAUAUCUACAAAUCUAGAUAAAAUUGUCAGACCAAACAGAAAUGCUUGAGAUUCAUUAUAAGUUGUAUUUAGUGAUCAUUGAUUAACAAGAAAAAGAUGAAUUUAAUGUAUUUUUUUUUAUAAGAAUUUUAAUAUCAAAUUUUAAUAAAAAUCGCAAAUAUUACGUCUUUUUAAAAAAACAUGUAUCUUUAACCAUUUACCAUAACCAAACUCCGCUUUUCUUAAGCAAUGAUUAAUCGUUGUAUACACAUAUAUAUUAAAUUUCCCUCUAUAUACUACCUUUCCUCACUUACAACAGUGGCCCAUCCAUCGUGCGAAGUAAGUCCGUCUUUUUUUGGUUUGACAUUAAAUGUAGUAGAGUGUGCUAUAGAAAUGUAUGUAUGUAUGUCAUGUUGCAACGAGCUCAAAUAUGAAAUUUGAAAGUUUUUUUUUUUUGUAAAUUGUAUCAAUGCGUAAAAAAAAGUAAUUUCGUGGUCCAUGUAUCUGUUUAGUUGAUCUAUACUAUCGGCGACGAUAUAAUAGGUAUACCUGCUCUCCCUCACGACCCGCUGACAUUGAAAUUUUACUUCCCUUUCUUGUGGAGGAACGAAUCGAAAAUAAAUAAAUACAAAUUCCUCCGUUUGUGCCGACACCGUAUACAGUAAGGAAAUAAAAAAAUUAAAUUCCAAAAAUGGCCGUUAUAAAUAAACUGGUUUUUCGGUGACUCGUUUUUACCAAAUGGUUUCCGUAGAUUAUGGCAUUGUAAACAUUAUUUUUUUGUACAAUAUUAUAGAAUAUUAUCUUGUUUUAUUAUUAUUAGGACAGAUAUUUAUGUGUCCUAAAAACCUUUAAAAAAUACAGUACUAAAAGUAUGCAAUAAAUGUACCAAAAUAUACACCCUUACAGUAAACUAAAAAAGGAAAUUGGAAAUUAUAAAUAAAAUCAAAUGGAAAUCCUAAAAUAUUAUUUUAUAAUAUAUUAUAAGUAGGGCAGAGGUCUUGUAGCUCUAAAAAAGCACUAGAUAUGCAAGCACUUAUGAACUUAAUAAUCCUAUAAUAUGCACUAAAAAUAUGCUCAUAUAUUUUUUUUAAGUAAUUUAUUUAAAUAUAUAUAUAUAUGUAUAUCAUUUUUUACAAAAUUGUUAAUAAAAUUUAAUUUCUUGAAAAUUCUUCUUCUGAUCUUAAAAAAAUGUUCCGUGUUAAUUGCUUAUAAAUAAAAUUGAUCUAAUCGUUAACCCUCAAGACGCGUUUCAAAGAAAAACCAUAUUAUAUGAUUAUAAAAAACCAUAAUAUCUAUACAAUAAAAAUUUAAUUAAUUUUAAUUUCAACAAUAUUUUGGUUGUAUGUAAGAUGAAAUUAAAACGUCGACGGAAAAAUAUUGAUUAAAAGAUAAAUUAUUUGAAAUAUUCUUCUAAAAGUAUAAAAUGGAAGAAAUAUGACAUAAAAUAAAAUAUAACCCGAAAUAUGCAUUUAUAUGCAAAAUAAAAUUUCAUAACUAACUUUGUGAAACUUUGCUAUUUUUGUUAAUGUUUUAAAAAAAUAUGCAAAUGCUACAAGUCUUCUGACCUAAUUAUAAGUAAUACAUUAUUUAAAAAAACAUAUCCCUACAACAUUUACAAACAUAUUAAAAAAAUAAAAUGUUUGAAUUUUAAUAUUUAUUAUUGUAUUGAGUUAUUUGUGAUUCUUUGUGGGUUGAGUUGAAAAUAUUUAAAAAAAAUGUACACAAUUCUCAAAUAUGCUCUAAAAAUUUAUAAAAUCUUAAAAUAUACCUUAAAAAUAAAAAACACCAAAAUAUGUAAAAUAUAAUUUUGUAUAUAGAUUAUUAUAAAAUCGUUAGAUCCUCGUGUUAGUACAAACUAGAUAUAUUUUUGGACUGUGUAUCUGAUUAAUUAUUGUUAUAUCAGAUGUAUACCUUAGAGACAGAUUAAAAGCUUUUUCCCAGAUAACCUUUGAAAACAUCGUAUAAUUUUCAUCGCGUCAAGUGUAACUGAGACAUACGUCGGAAUUUUGCUUAAUAUUUUUUUUCGUCUACAAGAUGUUAUUAUUAUCAAUUAAAAAAAAAUAAUUUUUAGGGCAAACGUCAUGUGAGACGAGUACGCAUCGAUCGAUCGAUGAUCGGAGCGCCUACAAAUUUCCGGCACACCGGACACAUUGGUUCUUCUGACGUCGAGAUGGGAUCGUCCAAAUUGGAUGCCAUCCACGGGCAGAUGCAGUCGAAAGGCGGUUACGAAGCCACCAUUGAAGUAAUAAUUAAUAUUUAUUACGAUAAUGAUGAUAAUAUACUUUUGAAUCUAAGUGUAGCGAAGAAAGUAUUUUUUUCAUUGAUUUUAGAAUAUAUUCAAUAGUUUUUGGCUUUCUUUUGUGGUUAGUAAAAUUGAUCUGAUUUUUUAUUUCAUAUAUUAAAAGAUAUGGAUUUUUCGACUGAUUAUUAUUUACUGGUAUUAUUUGAAACAAUUUUCGAAAUUUCUCUAAUGCUUUUGGUUAGACGAAUGUUGCAAUUUUUCGCACAAUACAUCAAAAGAGGCGGAAUUUCUACUCAUUGGUACUUUAUUUGAAAUUUUCAAUAGAUUACCUCUAGUUAUUUAUUUUUUUUUUCAUUUCUUGAUUCCCUUAACAACAAUUUUAAACACAUGACUUAUACUGCUACUCUCAGAAUUUUUAGUUAGUAGUAUAAUUUGCCUAUAUAAACAAAAUAUAGGAUCUGCUACCUUCUCAACUACCCACCUACAACAAUUACAUAUCUGUAAGCAGUAACAAUUUUUUUUUUUUUCAUGUUCUGAUAGCCGUUACCCCUUUAUUCUAUCAGAGUUUUUUAGUAAUCGUUGCCAUUGUCAGUAAUAGCAAAAUUAAUUUUUAUAGGUUUCAUUGGAACAUCUAAAACAUAAAACACUAUGUGGUCUAUUUCAAAUAUAAUAAUAUUCUUUCAAUAUGAUAAUUUAUAGCGUCCCUGUGUUUUGAUCUAUAGACCUUUUUUUUUUUUUUGCAGACCAAUUAA